CUACUAUUUACAGCACACGAUGGAGAAUAUAGGAGAGCAUUAAAGGACUGGCAGUCAUUUGUCGACGCGACCACACAGACACUCAUCGAGGUUGACGAAACCAUCCCCGAACUUCCCGCAAAGGAUGUCAUUUUCCGCAUCCACCGUGACAUUCGCUUCAGCAAAGACCCAACGCCGUACAAGGCUCACUUCUCCGCCGCUUGGUCCCGCACAGGCAAAAAAGGUCCUUACGCGGUAUAUUACAUCCACUGCGAGCCCAAGGCCACUUUCAUAGGUGGCGGGCUGUGGCAUCCCGAGGCAGCGUAUAUAGCCAAGCUGCGGGCGAGCAUCGACGAGAGGCCGAGGAGGUGGCGACGGGCGUUCAGCGAUCCGCACUUGAAGAGGGUGUUUUUCCCGGCAGUAAAGGAAAAGGACGGGGUGGAGGCCGUGGUGAAGGCUUUUGUGGCGCGGAAUCAAGAGAAUGCGCUCAAGAAGAGGCCAAUGGGCUACGAAGUCACGCAUCGCGAUAUAGAGCUUUUAAAACUUCGAAACUUCACCAUCGGUACCAAGCUGGACGACAGUGUCCUGAGCAGUGACGAUGCACAGGCCAAAAUCAAAGAGACGAUGAGGGGUCUAGAAGGCUUUAUUACUUUUCUCAAUAGCGUCGUGAUGCCUGAUCCUAAUCUCGACGACGAUGAGAGUGACGAAGAAGAUGGUGAGAAUGGCGAAGAGGUGCACAGCGAUGACGAGGCCAGAGAAGAUGAGGAGGACGAGUAA